GCAGCUGCUGCACUUUUCCUCUCACCGAGCUGCUUCAGUUCAGCGCGAGUCUUCAGCGGUGUUCGGUACAGAAACUCAGCCUGUGGACGUUUCACCAAAACACCGCGUUUAGAAAUGAGUUCUGUGUCUGCUUCGUGUCCGCUGUAGAGGAUUAAUGUGUUUACUAGCCGUACGUGCGUAAAGAGUAACUUUAUAAGUGAGUGUGUGGGACGUGUAUUGACCAUGAAGCUUCCACUCCUCCUGACUGGGCUUCUAACUUUGUGCCUCGCUCACAGUGUGUGUGGCAGCACAGAAUGUUCAUGUGGGAAGAAUCACUUUACGUGUGCGGUGAGCGUGUUUGGCGAGUGCACCUGCAUCCCGGCACAGUGGCAGUGUGAUGGAGACAACGACUGCGGAGACCACAGCGACGAGGACGGCUGCAUGCUGCCCACUUGCUCUCCGCUGGAUUUCCACUGUGAUAACGGGAAGUGUAUUCGGCGCUCGUGGGUGUGUGACGGAGACAACGACUGCGAGGACGACUCGGACGAGCAGGACUGUCCUCCUCGGGAGUGUGAAGAGGACGAGUUUCACUGUCAGAACGGUUACUGCAUCCGCAGCCUGUGGCACUGUGACGGAGACAACGACUGUGGAGACAACAGUGAUGAACAGUGUGACUUGAGGAAGUGUUCUGAUAAGGAAUUUCGCUGCUCCGAUGGAAGCUGUAUAGCUGAGCACUGGUACUGUGAUGGGGACACGGACUGUAAAGACGGAACAGACGAGGAGAACUGCCCUGCAGACGUCAUGGCCGCUACAUGCAGUGUAGAAGAGUUCCAGUGUGCCUACGGUCGCUGCAUUCUGGACAUUUACCACUGCGACGGAGACGACGACUGUGGAGACUGGUCUGAUGAGUCUGACUGCUCUUCUCACCAGCCGUGUCGUUCAGCCGAGUUCAUGUGUAACAGUGGAAUGUGCAUCAACGCUGGAUGGAGAUGUGAUGGAGAGUUUGACUGUGAUGACCAAUCAGAUGAGAACAACUGCACUGUACCUGUGUGUAUGGCUGAACAGUUCCGCUGUGCAUCUGGUCGCUGUGUAAGGUUGUCAUGGAGAUGUGAUGGUGAAGAUGACUGCACUGAUGGCAGUGAUGAAGAGGGCUGUGACAACAAUGGUACACACACACACAAAAAUGGAGGUUCAGUUCCGUCCUGUGCAUCUGAUCAGUUCCAGUGUGGAAACGGUCGCUGCAUCGGCCAGCGCAAAGUGUGUAACGACCUCAACGACUGUGGGGACGGAACAGAUGAACAUCCGCACCAGGAAUGCCGGCCCCGGUCGACUGAGGGGAACUGUAACAUCGGUAACGGCGGCUGCUCUCAGAAGUGUCAGAUGUCUCGAGGCCUGGUUCAGUGUAGCUGCCACACCGGAUACAGACUGAGAGAAGAUGGCAAGACCUGCCAAGAUGUGGACGAGUGUGCUGAGGACGGUUACUGCAGUCAGGGCUGUACCAAUACAGAGGGGGGCUUCCAGUGCUGGUGUGUUCAGGGUUAUGAACUCAGACCUGACAAACGUAGCUGCAAAGCUCUGGGUCCGGAGCCGGUGCUGUUGUUUGCGAAUCGGAUCGAUAUCCGUCAGGUUCUGCCUCACCGCUCAGAGUACACACUGCUGCUGAAUAAUCUGGAGAACGCCAUCGCACUCGACUUCCACCACAACAAGGAGCUGGUCUUCUGGUCCGACGUCACGCUCGACCGCAUCAUGAAAGCCAACCUGAAUGGCAGCAAUGUAGAGGAGGUGGUGUCCACCGGGCUGGAGAGUCCAGGAGGUCUGGCAAUAGACUGGAUCCAUGAUAAGCUCUACUGGACCGACUCGGGCACGUCACGCAUCGAGGUGGCCAACCUGGACGGUUCACACCGCAAAGUGUUGAUUUGGGAGAGUAUGGAGAAACCCCGUGCUAUUGCUCUGCACCCCAUCGAAGGGAAGAUCUACUGGACGGACUGGGGAAACACGCCCAGGAUCGAGUACGCUAACAUGGACGGCUCGGGACGCAAGAUCAUCGCCGACACCAACCUGUUCUGGCCCAACGGACUCACCAUCGAUUAUGCCGGUCAUCGCAUGUACUGGGUGGACGCCAAGCAUCACGUGAUCGAGAGAGCCGAUCUGGACGGGAAAAACCGCAAAGCCGUCAUCAGCCAAGGUCUCCCACACCCAUUCGCCAUCACUGUGUUUGAGGACAGUCUGUACUGGACCGACUGGCACACAAAGAGCAUCAACAGCGCCAACAAAUUCACCGGCAAGAACCAGGAGAUCAUCCGCAACAAACUGCACUUCCCCAUGGACAUCCACACACUGCAUCCUCAGAGACAACCUGCAGGUGGACGCAAUCGCUGUGGCUCUAAUAACGGCGGCUGCAGCCACCUGUGUCUCCCGAGCAGUAAGGCGUACACUUGCGCCUGUCCCACCGGCUUCAGGAGAGUGGACCAGUACAGCUGUGCUCUGAGUCUUGACAAGUUCCUGCUUUUCGCCCGGAGGACGGACAUCCGUCGCAUCAGCUUCGACACUGACGACAAAUCGGACGACGUCGUCCCGCUGGCGGACGUUCGUAACGCCGUGGCACUCGACUGGCACGCCGAGGACGAGAAGAUCUACUGGACCGACGUCACCACCGAUUCGAUCAACCGUGCGCUGUGGAACGGGUCGGAACAGGAAGUUGUGGUGGACACGAGUCUGGAAAGCCCUGCAGGUCUCGCUAUUGACUGGCUCACACACAAACUCUACUGGACUGAUGCAGGUACAGAUCGCAUCGAGGUGUCCAACACGGACGGCAGCAUGCGCACGGUGCUCAUUUGGGAGAACCUGGAUCGACCUCGAGACAUCGUGGUGGAUCCUAUAGGAGGUUUCAUGUACUGGACAGACUGGGGAGCGAACCCUAAAAUCGAGCGAGCCGGAAUGGACGCGUCCAAUCGCAUUGUCAUCAUCUCCACCAACCUGACGUGGCCCAACGGAUUAGCGAUCGAUUACGACACGCGGCGGCUUUACUGGGCCGACGCCGGCAUGAAGACCAUCGAGUUCGGAAACUUCGACGGCUCGGACAGACAGGUGCUGAUCGGCAGCCAGCUGCCUCAUCCGUUUGGUCUCACGCUGCACGGAGACAAGAUCUUCUGGACCGACUGGCAGUCCAAGAGCAUCGAAAGUGCAGACAAAUUGACCGGUUUGGGACGAAGCACGUUAGUGGACAACUUGGAAAACCUCAUGGACAUCCACAUGUUCCACAGACACAGAGAAGCAGUCCAGACCGCGUGCUCGGUGAAUAACGGUGGCUGUAGUCAUCUGUGUUUAUUGGCUCCUGCACCUAAAGGCUCCAGCUGUGCUUGUCCUACUGGAAUAAACCUUCAGGUGGACGGAAAAACCUGCACUCCAGGAAUGAACAGUUUCCUGAUCUUCGCACGGAGGACAGACAUUCGGAUGGUUUCUCUCGACAUCCCGUAUUUCGCCGACGUUGUGUUGGCUGUUAACGGCUCCAUGAAAAACACCAUCGCCAUCGGCGUGGAUCCCAGAGAGGGUAAAGUGUAUUGGUCAGACAGCACAUUAAAGAAGAUCAGCAGAGCAAACAUGAAUGGCUCCGGACAGGAGGAUGUCAUUUCCACUGGUCUGAUGACGACUGAUGGUCUUGCUGUCGACUCAGUAGGAAGGAAGAUCUAUUGGACUGAUACUGGAACCAACCGCAUCGAAGUGGCUAAUCUGAACGGCUCUAUGCGGAAAGUCCUGGUGUGGAGAAACCUGGACAGCCCUCGUGCCAUUGCUCUGUAUCAUGAAAUGGGCUUCAUGUACUGGACAGACUGGGGUGAGCACGCCAAGCUGGAGCGAGCGGCGAUGGACGGAUCUGACCGCGUGGUCCUGAUCAAUAAUAAUCUGGGCUGGCCGAACGGACUCGCCAUAGACAAAGCCGGGUCGCUGCUCCUCUGGGCCGACGCCCACACAGAGCGAAUUGAAGCAGCGGAUCUGAACGGGUCGAACCGCAGGACGCUGGUCUCUCCGGUUCAGCACCCAUACGGCCUUACGCUGCUCGGGCCGCACAUCUAUUGGACCGACUGGCAGAGUCGCAGCAUCCAGAGAGCAGACAAAAACACAGGAGACAACAUCAUCACCGUCCGAUCAAACCUACCCGGGCUCAUGGACAUCCAGGCCAUGGACCGAGACAGACCUCUAGGUUUUAAUCGCUGUGGUCGGAAUAACGGCGGCUGUUCCCACCUGUGUCUGCCGCGGCCAAACGGCACGUCCUGCGCUUGCCCUACUGGCAUCGUGCUGAAGAGUGACGGCAGGUCAUGUGACGACGUUCCCGAGUCUUACCUGCUUUUCUCCAACCGUGUCAGCGUGCGUCGCAUAUCCCUGGACACCAACGACCACACGGACGUCCACAUCCCCGUCCCCGAGCUGCACAACGUCAUCUCGCUCGACUACGACAGCGUGCAGGGCAAACUGUACUACACCGACGUCUCUCUGGACGUCAUCAGACGGGUGAAUUUGGAUGGGAGCGGGAUGGAGACGGUGGUCAGUCAGGGUCUGAAGACUACAGACGGCCUGGCAGUCGACUGGGUGGCCAGGAACAUGUACUGGACCGACACGGGUCGAAACACCAUUGAGGUUUCCAGACUGGACGGAUCAGCACGAAAAAUCCUGAUCAACAACAGCCUGGAUGAGCCGAGAGCCAUCGCCGUGUUCCCCAGUAAAGGGUAUUUGUUCUGGACAGACUGGGGUCACAUUGCUAAAAUCGAACGCGCUAAUCUGGAUGGUUCGGACCGGAAAGUUCUGAUCAACACGGACCUCGGCUGGCCGAACGGACUCACACUCGAUUAUGACACUCGCAGGAUCUUCUGGGUGGACGCACAUCUGGACCGCAUAGAAAGUUCCGACCUGAGCGGCAAACUGCGCCAAGUCCUGGUCACUCCUGUAUCACACCCGUUUGCUCUCACUCAGCUGAAGCCGGUUUCCUCUCCUCUAAUCCCUUUCUCCCGCAUCUCGCAGCAAGACCGCUGGAUCUACUGGACAGACUGGCAAACCAAAUCAAUCCAGCGAGUGGACAAACACACGGGCCGCAACAAGGAGACGGUGCUCGCUAAUGUAGAGGGGUUAAUGGACAUAAUAGUGGUGACACCAAACCGGCAGUCUGGCACUAAUCACUGCGGAGUGAAUAACGGUGGCUGUACGCACCUCUGCUUCGCCAAGUCCAACGGGUUUGUGUGCGCGUGUCCAGACGAGCCGGACGAGCGGCCGUGCUCCACCAUUGCCGGUUACGUUCCCGUCGGGCCGAACAAAGUGACCGCCGGCACUCAAGCUCCUAACAAACGCGUAAAACAGCCAACAGUCAAACCUCCGCAGGGUCGACCUGCACAGAACUGUACAGAGAAAAGCGGCGUCGUGGUCGACUGCAUUCAGACCAACGUAGUGUCCGCGCCUCACGGUGAAGGCCUUCACAUCAGCUAUGUGAUCGGGGGAGCGCUGACGGUGCUGGCCAUCCUCAUCCUCAUCGCCGUCUUCAUCAUUUACAGGCACAAAAAAUCCAAGUUUGCCGAUCCCGGAGUGAGCAACCUGACGUACAGUAAUCCCUCCUACAGGACGUCAACACAGGAAGUGAAAAUAGAGACCGUGCAGAAACCACCGAUAUACAACCAGCUACGAUAUAAAAAAGAGGAGGGCAGUUACACCAAUGAGAAGAUCCGUAUCGUGGAGGGGGUGUGUCUUCUCUCAGGGGAGGAGCUUUACUGGGAGGAUCUGAAGCAGCUAAAAGUGUGUCGCGGAGGCACGUUUAAAACCUGCAUGCGCACCGACACCGUAUCUUUACAGGCAAGCUCCGCCUCCCUCCAGGCAAGCUCCGCCUCUUUGGACGACACAGAGACUGAACAGCUGCUUCAAGGCGACCAAUCAGAAUGCUCGAGUCUGAACACUGCCCCCGUAACCACGCCCAAACGCCACAGCACUCUCCCUGACACAGGCUGGGUCCCAAAUCGCAAACCCUCAACUGAGAGCGAAGUGUAAAGCCCACACACCCACACACCCACACACACCCACACACCCACACACACACACACACACACACACACACACACACACACACACACACACACACACACACACACACACAGGCCCACCAUAAAGUAUCUUCAGUGGACGGACAAUGCUGACUAGUACAGAGAAAUACGAACAAUGCAAAAGAGCAACACAGACAAUUUAAGAGAUAUGGAUAUAACAGUAUACUGAGAACUAUUUGUGUUUUUUUUGUAAACAAAGACAGAUUUUUUGUGUAAAAAGUGACGUGCUUUUUCUUUUAACGGUUGCUGCGACCUCCCGUCACUCAUCUUACCUUUACCAAUUUUAUUUAUCUAAAUAUUAUCGUUAGUUCUUAAAGUGCUAAAACUGCUAAAGGCCUCACGGGACUCGGACGAACGACUGCGCCCAAGUACCGAGCGCCGUCCUGGUGCUUUCUGAACCUCCUGAGUGAGAGAGAGACGAACACAAACCGCCUCAUGAUGAAUACGUUGCUUCCUUUUGCUCGUCAUCUGUCUCCGAGUUUGAAUGUUUUACUUUUUUUUUUUUUUUAAUGUACUUGACUGACUGUUAAAACAGAGGAACAGCUCAGUCAGAAUUGAUUCUCUCUCUCACACACACACACACACACACGCACAAUCCAUGAGUACCAUUUCUUUUUGUCCUCAUCUGAUUUGAAAAACCCAAAGGUUAUUUCCUGAGAUCAUGAAGCAGCCACACAAAACCAUCACAUCAGUGCGAUCCUGCAGCUAGCAUGCAUCACUGUGUUCAUUCAAUCUGGCUGCGCGAGAGGUUCCAAUAAUUUAAACAAUUUCUGUUUGAAAUAGAGACGUGGCCAAAAAUAUUGGGUUUAAUUACAGUGUGUAAAACCAGCUAAUAUCAUGAGACCAGCACAGAAAUAAAUUGAAAUAGUCCCGUGGGCUCAGAGCCA